UUUGAUAACAUGUGCUAAAAUGGAGUAUGAUGAAUUUAUUGGUCUUCCUUGGCUUUGCAUUUUUAGGCGGCUUGGAUUAAUUAGGAGAAAGUCCGUUACACCAGUAAGUGGGAAUCCAGGAGGAAGCAGAGUCAGUAAGUCCCUGGUUUUGUUUACAGUUUGAAGCCUUGCACUUGGAACAUUGGCAAAGCUGACGUGCACUCUGGUCUUUUGCAGAACAAUUGUAUGACUACUUAAUUGUCGUUGAUUUUGAGUCUACCUGCUGGAACAAUGGGAGGCACCACAGGAGCCCUGAAAUAAUUGAAUUUCCAGCAGUUUUGUUGAGUACAACAACUGGAGAGAUUGAGUCCGAGUUUCAUGCUUAUGUUCAGCCUCAAGAACACCCAAUUCUUUCUGAAUUUUGCACAGAACUGACAGGGAUAAAACAGAGUUGUGAUAAAUGCUCAGUGGCUCAGGAGUUCUUUGGUUGAGUUCAGAUCCUGUGAUGUCUAAUCAGGUCCAAGUUGAUGAAGGAGUCCCCCUGAAGAUUUGUUUAUCUCAGUUCUGUAAAUGGAUUCAUAUGAUGCAGCAGAAGAAGAAAAUAGGUUUUGCUACUGGCAAUUCAGAGCCGUCCACGUCUGAUGUAAAACUGUGUGCGUUUGUUACCUGGUCAGACUGGGACUUGGGCGUUUGCCUAGAGUAUGAGUGUAGAAGAAAGCAGCUGUUAAAACCUGUGUUCUUAAGUUCUUGGAUUGAUCUCAGAGCAACUUACAAGCUUUUUUAUAAGAGAAAACCCAAAGGACUGAGCGGUGCCUUGCAAGAAGUGGGAAUAGAAUUUUCAGGACGAGAACAUUCUGGCUUAGAUGAUUCUCGGAACACUGCUUUUCUUGCUUGGAAAAUGAUCAGGGACGGUUGCGUAAUGAAAAUUACCAGGUCCUUGAACAAGGUUCUCACUAAGAAGAAUCCCAAGAUUUUGGCCAGAAAUUUGGGUACAGAUCAAGUUGAAGAAGCAUCUGCCUGCAUAUAUCAAAAGGAGCUCAAAAAUACAGUAACUAUUCUGGAAAAUGCUCAAAUGAAUUCAGUUUGUGCAAAUUCCUCUACAAAGGACCAAUUACAAUUAAAGAGCAGCAUGAAAGCAGACACUCAGAAUAUCAAGCGUUGCUUUUCUCUUUUCACUACUAAGCCCUCAACAUUUGUGCAGCAGUUGUGUUCUCCCACCUUGAAGCCAAGAAAAAGUGAUCAGCUUGCCUCAAGUGACAGCUCAAAGUCUUCAACACUUAACUCAAACUUGGUACUUGUAUCAACAACCAUUCCAUCUGUUAAUCUUGUUUCUGAUGUAGAAAUGGGUCACACUUCUGACUGUUUACCUCUGUUGGCUGAGUGGGAAGAUGGAGUUUUACUGCCAGCAUCUCAGGCUGACCAAGAUACAGAUUGUAUGCUUCCUGUUAGUGACACAAACGUAGAUACUUCAUUUAAUUCUGGAGAGAGAUCAAUGGUUAUAAAAGAUUCAGAAAUCCUUAGUUAUGAAAACUUUGAAGAACUUAAGGAAAUUCCUCAACACACUGAGGCAUCUAAGUCUAUUGUGUAUAAGAGUCCUCACAGUACAAUCUAUAAUGUAAAAGGAGCCAAACAUCCAGGGUCAGAUGCUUCUGCUUUUAAAUUACCCGAAUGCAAACCAUUUCCCUUCAGCAGUGUUAAUGCCAGCAUGCCACAUCCUUCAGUUUUGAAGAAACAACCUCUUUUAGGUGGUACUAAAAGGAAUUCAUCUAGUCCCUCAGCUUUCCCACGAGCAAAAAAGCAGACCUUUGCUAUCCAUGAAGAAAAAUCGACAUCAUCUACUUGCUCUCCAGGAACUUCUUCGCAUAAAGUUCCUCCCUUCAUAUUAACAUCCACAGUUAAUCUACAAGAGCCUUGGAAGACUGGAAAGAUGACACCUCCCUUAUGCAAGUGUGGCAGAAGAUCUAAGCGGCUUGUUGUUUCUAAUAAUGGGCCAAACCAUGGGAAAGCCUUCUACUGUUGCCCUAUUGGGAAAUACCAACAAAACAGAAAAUGCUGUGGUUAUUUUAAAUGGGAACAAACACUUCAAAGGGAAAGAACCAAUAGCAAAGCUUUAUCUCAUUCCUCAGGAGGACUCUCUUUCAGCUCUCCAGAAACAAGCCAUACUCAUGAGAGAAAUUUAAAUUUUCCUAUUAAAAAUUCUUUACGACUCAGACCUUCAAUGAGAAAUUGAUAAACUCUUUUCUAAACUGUCUUCUACUUCAGUAUAAGCCUCUAUGACUUUUAUUCAGGACUGGUAACAGUGUUGGUUCAAGUUAUAC